AUGGACUUCCGCAGACAGGUGCAGAGCUUAUUGUUAUUAUCGGCUUCUGCGUGGAAACCUUCGUGCAAGACAGAAAAGUCUCCAUGUUCCCCCGUUCUCGGUUCAAGCUUCAGCUCGUGUUUCCCAUUGUACCAAAUGAAAGGCGAGUCUGACGACACAGCACGGGGUGCCUUCUCCACUGCAGCCGGUAUACGGGUGAAAGUUUUUUGCAGGAGGAUUCUCUGCGGGAGGCUGCGUAUUAAGCAUGCAGCUCAGCUUGCCGGGCUACUGUUGUUGCUGCUGUGCGUCCUGUUCACGUGGCUUCAGUUUCCUGGGCCCAGUGGCCACGGCAACUUGUCUCCAGAGUGCGAAGGCAACGGCAGUGACUGGAACACAGAGUGGGACAUGUCCAGCCCUGGCACUGAAGCGACGCUCGAAGCCUGCGCACUUAUCUACCCCAUGUCUCAUUCAGAAUUGGAAGAUGCGGUUCCUCAACUCAAGUCCUGUGUUGUCACCACGUACGCAAAACAUUUCCAGCGGGUUAUGGAGCAGACGACUUGCCGCGCCAAAACUCUCGAGGAUGCUGAUAUCAUCUGGAUGCCUGCAUACUUUGGCUGCAACUGCAAUUGGCCAACCUACGACGGGGGCAGGUGUGAGUCAACCGGGAACGCUGUCCGUCUAGGAAAGAAGUGUGUGGAGGAGGUAUUGCUCGGGGUGGACUACAUCCUUGCAGAAGUCUGGAAAACACGAAGCCAAAAGCAGCCACGUGUGGUGAUUCUGGACGACAAUGGCCACGAAGCUCCGGACUGUUGCAACUACUUUACCAUUCCACCUGGGCUUUGGCAAGGCCAACCCUGCUUCAACACUCAUUUCCUGCCUGCUGAACACUAUGCACGGCCCGAGCUGCUGUGGGCAUUCCGUGGUGCGACCUGGCCACUGUACCGCAAGGGGAUUGACAUCGCUUUGCCCUCGCCACCCCACGACACAGCCUCUUGGCCACCAGCCAGCAGCCCUCUGAAGUCACGGAAGUAUUUUGCAACCUUCAAAGGGAAGCUGUUGAUGCAUCCGAUACGGGUCUACACGCACAGGCAUUUCCAUAACAAGACUUAUGAAGGCAAGAAAGUGGUGAUUGCAGAGCGCAUGACCGACGAGUUUGUCAAAGGUUACGGCGAGGUACUGCACGAAACGGUCUUUUCACUAUUGCUGCGAGGGGACACUCACUCGACUCACCGGUGGAACGACGUGGUUUGCUCAGGCUCAGUUCCGGUUCUCGUUACGGACUAUAUGAUUCCACCAUACAACGAAUUGGUUCCUUUUGAAUCGUACGGCGUUUUCGUGCGGGAGAGUCACAUUGACAGACUCAUGGACAUCCUCCAAGCUGUCAGCCAGGAGGAGCGGGAGGCCAAGCGCGCUGCUUCGCUGCGCCGCCCAGACGAGUUGGCACGCUUGGUGCAGAAGAUCGCAGAACUGCAAGGCGCAAGCCAGAGAGAAAGGUACGGAUCUGGCCGAGGUGUCGUCGUGGUCGGCGGAUCAAACCACCACGUGAGCCAGCAUACUCAUUCCUACACCUUUGACGCUCUGCUUUGUGUGGCGAGCCUGCGCCGCACGGGCUCCUCCCUGCCUGUGGAGCUUUGGCACCAGGGCGAUGCACACUUGCUCUCGGCAAAGCUUCCGGAGCACGUUUUUCUCCGGGACUUCCGGGAUGUCGCAUCAGAGAACCUGGAAGGAUAUGCGCUCCCUGCAGUGGCAAUGCUCCACUCCAGCUUCGAGGAGUUUCUCUAUCUGGAUGCGGACAACACAGUCCUCGUCGACCCCGCGCCCCUUUUCGAGAUCUCUGCGUACACGACCCUGGGCGCAGUCUUCUGGCCAGACUUCCCGUCUUUCAGACGAGACAGCUUGAUCUGGCAGAUGACAGACCAGCCAUACUACCCGCUGCAAGAGGUUGAGAACGGCCAGCUACUGAUCCACCGGAAUAGGCAUUUGGCGAAGCUGGAACUGGCCUAUUACUUCAGCAUGAACAAGGAUUUCUACUUCAAGAUCACACUGGGUGACAAAGACCUCCUGAUGAUGGCAUUCCUUGCAUUGUCCACGCCGUUCCACCAGGUUUCCACACCAACUGGGGCCAUGGGCUAUACAACAGCAUCCGGUGCCUUUUGCGGUCACACGAUGCUGCAGCAUCAUCCUUUGCACGAAGGCUUGCCAGUGUUUGCCCACCGAAAUUUGCUGAAGUGGUCUGCCAACUUGGACCUGCACACCCCGUCGUGGACCGCUGUGAAGCGGGGGAGCCUCGAUUUGGUUGACCUGGCGAUGGGUUGGUUACUCCUUAUCCUUUGGUCCUUGGGCCCGAGGAGAUCAACCGCCCUCACGCCGGGAAAGCAGCCAGGCCACCAACAGCUCGCCCCUGGCUGUAAGUGCGAUGGCGCACACUACGCUGACGAGAACUAUUGCGUGGACCUAGACACAGACCAGGACAUAUCUGCCGAGGCCAGCCGUCUUCUGGAGACGGCUGCUACACUCGAGCAGGAGCUUCUGAGGCUCCGUGAGGCACUCCGACAGGGGCCGACCUUGAGAAGCGAGUGGUGGGUGACCUGGGCUUCCUCCGUGCAGGCCCCUUCUUCGAGCAUGGCCUCCUCGUCGGGUGCUUCCUGGCUGGCAGCCUAUCUGGCAAGCUGUGUGGAGUCGAUACCUGCCGAGGAGCUCGAGUUCGACACCUUGGACAACGGUGGAAGCGAAGGAUGGGCCGAGCAUCCCCACUCGAGCUCGGGGCGGCACAUCAGGUGCUUAGCAGAGCACCCGGAGCUUCAUCGUAUGGCCCUCACGUUCUACGGCUACCCAGGGCCGAACGGAGUCUUCUCAGCCGCCUUGGGCCUCCGCUCCAAAGCCCGAGCGGGAGCAGACCCUGCGCCGGCCUUCACCUUCGAAGCCAGCGAGGAGCGCUGCAGAAGAGGUUUGGCCUAUCUGGAGGCUGAGGGCAUGUCCAAGUACAUUGACCUUCGCUGUGGCAUCCUCUGCGAGAGCAUGACGGAAGCGGGCUGUCGCAGAUACUUGACUGGCACAGUGUGCCCGGAACGUCUGGACUUCCUCUCCAUCGACUUUGCUUUGGGCGUGCCGCCCCUGAUUUACCGAAGUCUGCUCACGGCCUGCCGGCCGCGGGUCCUCUUUGCUGAGAACAGCGGCUUGAACUUGAGCAGCUUGCCAGGCCAGGAUGACGAGUCGCACUCCAACUUCUCGGAGCACGACCCCACGUCCUGGCAUCACUGGGAGGACCAGCUCCACCAACUCUCUGCCCUUGGUCAGCCCUCCGAAUUGGGCUCUUACCGCCUCGCUGUGGAUCGUCAGCCCUCCUCCCUGGAUGCAGAGCGGCCAAAGGGCGGCUUUUUCGGUCUCUUCUCCAAGCCCCAAGACAGCGAGCUACGGCGCUUCUCUUUGUAUGUGGCGGAGGACAGUGGCAUCGGGGAGGCUACAACGAUGCGGAAUGGUGGCCUCACCGGCAGUGAGCUGUAG